AUGGCUGUCAUCCAUGAUACUGUUCAAAACCUGGAUAAGAAAUUUGAUGCUCUUCGUGGAAAAGUUGCAAAAAUCCACCGUUUACAUGUGAAAUCAUUGUGGCAAAGUCGCAAGCCACUUCGAUCUGCGUACAGAAAUUAUAAUUACCUGCCUUCCAGAAGGAACAGAUGCCGGAAAACGAAGAAGAAGAAGGACACUUGUUCUUUAUUCUCUGAGCCUAAAAGUUAUAGCCCAACUGUUCCGGUACGAAGGCCAAACACUGAUUACCAGUACGACUUCCUGGACACAACGUACCCGUCAGAACAAGAGUCCCCAGAACGGGACCCAGAGCUCAUCUACCAGGAAUGGGAAAUGCGCAUGAACCAGAGCCAGUCGCCUCCCGCCGACUCUACCGCAGAGCCGUCCCAGCCGGGCUGCACGCCCAAUCUUGUGCAGGGCGACUACUUGGGCACACCCUGCCGUGGCAGCCCAAGGGCCCACAGCUCCGCCAGCCUCCUCUCACCCAAGGAACCAUCCACAGGAAUGCCCGAGACCCCAGUGACACAAGCGUACCCCAGUCCUCCGUAUAACCCUGAGGUGACGGCUCAUCUGAGUUCACUGGAAAACCACAGCUUUGGCCAUAUUGAUGCAGAUUUCCGCAACCCAGGCAACUUUGUUACAAGUACACCAAUUGUAAAUAACCCAGGUAUGCCGUAUAACUUCCCUGAUGACCCUUCAACCUGGUCUGUGAAUGAAGUGGUCCUGUUUCUGGAACAGGCAGACCCUCAGACACUUGGCCCUGUCGCUGACAUCUUCAGGCAACAUGAGAUUGAUGGGAAGGCUCUGCUGCUCCUCAAGAGUGACAUGAUGCUGAAUUACAUGGGGCUGAAGCUGGGGAUCACCGUGAAGGUGUGUCACCACAUUGAUCGUCUUAGAGGACAAAAAUACAUUAACAAUUGAAAAACUGUUUACUUACCCUUAGCUUGGCCUUCAUUCAGGGGAGACCAGUGCCACGCUGGGGUAAAAUCUUUUUUUCUGCCCCUUUAGAAGUUGUUGUAUAGAUGGUUCUUCUACAAACAUGUCAUAUCCAGAAUUGCAGGACUCCAUUACAGUCACGUCUACUAUUUUAGAAAUCAUUUAACAUGUUAGUAUUGGCAUAUGCACGUUGAUGGUUGGUUCUUUACAUCUUUUUAUUAUUUUCAUUGUAUAGUUUACAAAUGUACUUCAUGCAAGAAACAGAGAAACACCUCUAAUUUCUGUUCAUCUUUUUCUAUAGAACCAAAAUAGCUGAAUCCCAAAGAGAAAAUAUCAGGGACUGACAAGUUCUCUAAUAAAACCUAUGAGUUUUCCUUACAGGAAAACUUAAAAGAUGCAACUAUAGAUAUCAUCUUUCUAAAAUAUUUUAUGUUUGUCCUGCAACAUUCUGUCCGUGUUCUGCCAGCUUCCCAAAAGGGAAAGCCAUAUAAAUUACUUCCCUUCCUAUUAUUAUUUCUAUAUAUAUUUGUUCCUAUUUAAAGAAAAAAAAGGCAACCUUAUAAGCUUUCUUGAAAUAUUCUUACCUGUUUUUGGAUAAAUUAUUGAGUAGUUAUUUUAUGCAAGAGAUACUUACUUUAAAACUUCCAUAUUUUGCCUAAGUCUGAACAUUUCGCCAUGCAUUCAUUGCUCACAUAUCUCUAUAAAGGUGUCUAUGUCCAGAGUUUUAAAGGAUAUAUAUUUUAGUCUUAUUCCUCAUAAGGAUACUAUUUCAUAUUUAUAUUUUAUUCUAUAUAUGAAGUCUAUACAAGUAAAUCUUUUUGAAUUUAAAAUAGCACUUUGCAGUUCCACAUAGGUAAAUAUUAACUAUAUUUAGUGAGAUGUUUUUAUGGCAUUAAAGAUAGUCACGUCCUCAGCCACCGUUGCCUCUCAGCUCGCUCCUCAGGGCUUCUGCACUGAGACGUUCUCUGUCUUAUGUAAUGUUUCUAGUGAAUUUGCUUUCUGAGCCAUUUAUCCUACUAAACUUUAGAAGAUAUAUUACUUCUCAUUUGUCAUUUUGAACUUUAUUUUAAAAAUUAGAACUUUCAGGGUCACCUGGGUGGCUCAG